CAAUUUGUUACUUGUCGUAUCCCUUUCUGUGGUAACCGAAGGUGCUUGAAUAAAGGAAUUAUCAUGUGUGUAGGCGGACAAAUCCCGUUUAAAUCUGCGUACGCAAAGUACCUAUUUAACUUGCGCGGUUACAAUCGGCUUGGUCUUUUCAGGGAUGACUGCGUCCGAGAGACCCCAAUUACGAAGGAGGCCAUACGACGACUCCCAAAACAGAUUCAGGACGAGCGUAACUACCGUUCUCUGAGAGCCAUUCAGGCUGACAUCAAUAAGCAAAUCUUACCCAAGGAGCAGUGGACGAAACCCGAGGAGGAAGUUGAUUACUUGACACCAUACGUCAAGCAGGUUGAGGCGGAAGAAGCUGAAAAGAAGGAAUGGUACCGAACCCAUUAAUAAUGAACUGCUUUUAAUAUAACGAAUAUUCGAGCUGCCAGGCCAUAGAUCCCACUUCGUUACUAAGUGAGGAAAUGAAUGAGGAUGAAAUAUUUGACGUUGUAGUUGCCUCUCCCGAAGCCGAAGUCAUGGUCAAAAAAGAUCGUGGAAAAUGGAAGAGUUUUAAAAAAUAAAAUUAUAUUAUGUCAUAGUUCCAAUA